AUGUACCCGAAUACCGCACCGCCGCAGUAUCAGCAGCAGCAGCCUUACCCUGCUGCACCCUUUGCUGGUGCACCUGGAUAUGGAGCUCCACCACCACCACCUGCUCCAGCUCCGGCUAUGGCCCCGCAGCCCCCUCCAGCACCAAGUACUCAUCAACCAAUGGUCAUAAACAUUCAACAAAACGCUCCUCCUCCUUCUCUAUCAUCGCCGCCACCGGUUCAACAAGCUCUUUCUCAACAAGCUUUACCUCAGCAGAUACAAGUUCCAGUACAGGCCUCAGAAAGAAAUGCUCCAACUCCGCCGUUUCCUGUCUUCAAUGACGCCCAAUUUCACAAUAUUGAUGGCAUGGUUGUCGAAGAAAGUAUCCCACUAUGCGAUGGCCCUCUUGAAUACACGGUUUUUACUUUUAUUGAUGUGCCUCUUGGAGCUUAUGGAAAUAAUGCAUACGUCGGAGCCAUUCAUUGCUGUCACAAAAUCAUGUCAAAUUCAAGCGAAGGGUUAACUUUCGAAUUUGUGGAAUUCGCAACAGAACUUGGAUAUGAUUUUGUAUAUUUACAGGGCGAGAAUGGAGUUCAAUACUACUUUUCUGGACCCGAAACUCGUGGAUCAUUUAAUGGAAUGAGGCUUUCAACAAUAUAUUCCCCAAUGAAACUUUGCUUCAAAUCUGAUGAAAAGAAUGGAGAUACCGGAUUCAAAAUUCGUGCGAUCAAUGGUUACGAACCUUGGAAUGAUAUCGACAACAACUGGCCUGACAAAGUGAACACUUGA